UUACAGCGUGAUACCAGAUCAAACCUUGGCAACUCAAGCAAUCUCAUCUGAAAUGUUGUCCUACUCCCACUGAUGGAUUUUGUUAUUCUUUUUACAGAUUAAAAACGAGAAGGAAUUUGUCUCCAGGAAUCUCAGACACGACACGCCAGUUUUGCCGUCUCUGUCUAGAUAUUUAAGAAAAGGAGCAAGGGAUUCAAUCGGCCAUCCUUCCUGCCCACACAGUGGGGAGGGAUUCACUCGUUCAUUUGACCAAUUGGCACGCCCAUUAUUUUACACAGGGGAGAGGCCGAUCACGUGCUCGGACAGUGGGAAUGGAUUUACUCGGUCAUCUCAACUGAAGGUACAUCAGCAAGUUCACACCGGGACAAGGCCAUUCAUCUAUUCUGUGUGUGAGAAAGGAUUCAGUCGGUCUUCCCACCUGUGGACUCACCAGUCAGUUCACACUGGGCAGAGGCUGGUCAUCUGCUGAAUUUGUGGGAAAGGAUUCACUCAGUCAUCUGACACAAUGGCUCACCAGUGUGUUUACACCGGGGAGCGGCCAUUCGCCUACUCAGACUGUGGGAAGGAAUUUACUGAGUCAUCCAACCUAAUGGCACAUCAGCGAGUUCACACUGGGGAGAAGCCAUUCACGUGCUCAGUCUGUGGGAAGAGAUUCACUUGGUUAUCCACACUACAGAGUCAUCAGCGAGUUCACACUGAGCAGAAGCCAUUCACCUGCUCAGUCUGUGGGAGGAGAUUCACUGAUUCAUCCAACCUACAGAGACAUCAGCGAGUUCACACUGGGGAGAAGCCGUUCACCUGCUCAGUCUGUGGGAAAAGAUUCACUGAUUCAUCCACCGUACAGAGUCAUCAGCGAGUUCACACUGGGGAGAAGCCGUUCACCUGUUCAGAAUGUGGGAAGGGAUUCACUCAGUCAUCCAAACUACAGAUUCAUCAGCGAGUUCACACUGGGGAGAAGCCAUUCACCUGCUCAGAAUGUGGGAAGGGAUUCACUCAGUUAUCCACCCUGCAGAGACAUCAACGAGUUCACACUGGGGAGAAGCCGUUCACCUGCUCAGUCUGUGGGAAGAGAUUCACUGAUUCAUCCAACCUACAGAGACACCAGUUAGUUCACACAGGGGAGAAGCCGUUCACCUGCUCAGUCUGUGGGAAGAGAUUCACUGAUUCAUCCACCCUACAGAGUCAUCAGCGAGUUCACACUGGGGAUAAGCCAUUCACCUGCUCAGAAUGUGGGAAUGUAUUCACUCGGUCAUCCCAACUACUGGCACACCAGUCAGUUCACACUGGGGAGUGGCCGUUUACCUGCUCAGAAUGUGGGAAAGGAUUCACUCAAUCGUCCACCCUACUGACACAUCUGCGAGUUCACACUGGGGAGAAACCGUUCACCUGCUCAGUCUGUGGGAAGAGAUUCAGUCAGUCAUCCAACCUACAGAGACAUCAGCGAGUUCACACUGGGGAGAAGCCAUUCACCAGCUCAGAAUGUGGGAAAGGAUUCACUCAGUCAUCCCACCUACUGGCACACCAGUCAGUUCACAAUGGGGAGUGACCAUUGUUAUGAAUCCCUAGAUCUCUUUUGCUGUGGACUGUCAUUUUGAGAGAGAGAGAGAUUAAGAAUGGAAAUCAGUCUGACUUGCAGCUUGUUUACAUCGCUCACAGCUUGUUUAGUUUUAACCGAGGACACAGAUACUCAGAGUCAGACGGAGAUGAAGGAGGAUAAAUGGAAGGAUCGAAACAAGGGAACUACUGGCCAAGGGUCGCUGUUUAGAACUUUCCUCUGCCCACAAGGGUGGGUUAAUUAUCGAUUCAGCGAACAUCGUAUGUGAGGUUGUUACCUCGUUUGAUCCAUACGAGUGGAUCUGAUUUGGGGUAUCCUGUGAAGACCACUUAUGUGUUAACCCUUGCCUGGGUGUGGUGUGGAAAUUCACUUGAAGACGAUACCCCUUGUGACAAGUCACCUUCGGUGAUAAUUUGUAUGUGGAUUUGGAACAACGACGGAUAAAAUCUACAGCGACUGUUCUUUCGUUUUACCACUGUGGAAACUGUGGAAUUUGACAUAAUUGCCUUCUCUGGACAUUUACCCUGGAUUACAAAUAUCUCUCUCUCAUCACCUAUUCUGUUGUUGAACUGAACUUUCAUAGUUCACCAUCUCAAGACUCCAAGCCUUGUUUCCCCUGAGCUCAAUAGUUUGGGAGUUAUAUUUACACACGUACACAUAACACUGUUAACUUUUGUUUAUCUUGCUUAAAUUACUAUAUUGUUAGUAGAUACUAAUA